GGAUGAAUGAAAUCGCUCGAAACUGAAAAGCGACUGCAGUUCUUUUUGUGAUAACCCCACCAACUUUCUUUCCGGAUUUCAAACAACAAACUUUAUUUUGUUAAAAGUAAUGAAGUACUGUCCAUUUAAAGAAAUAGUAAUUAGUGUGUUGUAGAUACUUUAUUUUCCCCAGGCCCGUUACAUCUUACAGCUUUUUGUUAAUGUUUCUAUGCUGAAACUUAAAGGGCGGACUGAGUUUCAUUGUGACCCAUUUACCGAUAAAUGACAUUGUACGUCACAACACGAUGCAAUUGACCUCCUUGCAUAAUUACAAGAACAAUUGCACAUAUUGCUCGCGAGUGAUAUAAACACAAACGUUUGAAAACAUUGUGGGCAAUAAGCUGUUUGCCUAUAAAAGACAAUUGCGAGUCUCCUACAUACACGUUUAUCUUUACAACGUCCAACUCAAAAGGUCUCACGAUGUUUGCUCAUAUCUUCCUCGCUUCCAUUUUGAUCAUCAGUCCAGUCCUUGGCCAAAAUGACGAUAUUGAGGUGGCCCCGUACGAAGUUGUCGAAACGAAGGCCAGUUACGAGGUCCGGGAUUAUCCAGCCCGAAAAUGGGUGUCCACCGACAACGCAGCCAAAGAUAUUCACGGAGGCAUAGAGCAUUCCGUGAGUUUUGACCGAUUAUUCCAAUACAUUUCCGGCAAUAACGUGAACAACACCAAAAUCGACAUGACGUCCCCGGUCACCUUCUUCAUCCAACGCAGCGAUGACCCAGAAGCAGAGCAGGAGUUCACCAUGAGCUUCUAUAUCCCUGCUGUCCAUCAAGACGAUCCCAUCCAACCUCAGGCCGAGAAUGUGUACAUUGAGGACCGCGCUGGAUUUCGGCGCGUGUUCUUGAACUGUGAUGUCGUAGGUUGUAGCCACCGAGUUCGGGGGAUUCGCUUCCUCAGAGGACUUUGAAAUGGCCGCUCAAGAUCUCUACGAGUCUGCCACAGCUGAUGGAUUUGACCUCAUCACGGAGACUUACUACAAUGCCGGCUACGACAGUCCAUACACCAUCUUCAAUCGACGGAAUGAGGCCUGGUUCGUGGUGCGAGCCGUUUAGAACAUUUUCUAUCGCCUUAUUUGUCAGAACUCUCGGACAAUUUCGUUGACUGAAUGUAUUAUAGAAGCUGAAAAGAGAAAGAUCAAAUAAAUGGUCAAAAUUA